CAAAGCUAAUGGACCAGAAACCUAACGCACCCAAUUUCCUCCGCACUGAUUCGGAUAAUAGCAGACACAAGACGCAAGCUCCCUCAGGCAAGUCUUUACAUAAUCCCAACCCAACUAUAAAACCAAAAAUAAACCCUGCAAGGCCAGCAGAUAACGGAACACAGAAAUCUUAUAAAACAGUGACCAAGGACCCUGUUGGGAAAAAGACGAAAAACAAACCUGGAAAGUACAACUCGUAUUCACACUCAUCAGAUGCGGAUGACGAACAUCACGAAAUGACCCAAAAUGACCUUAAGAAGAACAAGAAGCCAAGCUUGUCACAAACAAAGAAAAACAUGGUAGAUUAUUCUAGUGCAGAGUUUGAUAUUGGCGACGGUGUGGGUACACCAGGAUUAAAGGCUCUAUGUUGUUGGAAAUGUUAUA